AAAUUGUUCAAUUUUUUUAAAUCUGAAACAGAAUUUAAUUUCUAGCCUAUUUGUAUCGGUACAGUACAUGGUCAUGAUAAUUCCAUUUGUUUAUGGAUAGAAUUUCUUGCUUGGCUAGUCUACAGCCUACAGCAAAGAUCAACUUGAAUGAGCUUCCUGUUGAUGUUCUGAUUAUCAUAUUCCACUAUCUUGAUGAGAAGUCUUUACGAACGAUAGCGAAAGUUUGCCAUUAUUUUAAUGAAAUAUCAUCAUCUAAUGAAAUCUGGCAGAAAUGGAUGAAGACUCGUAUAAUGACCAGCUCAGAUCAUGGAUUGAAUAUGAUUCUAUGUCCUAAAUUCAAAGAGCAAUGUCGACUAUCAAUCAAAUGGCGACAAGGCAGACGCAAGGAAAAAACAUUUACCAAGUUUGAGAAGAAUUAUUUGCCCUGGCUGGCCUAUCACCAGGAUGAAGCAGAACUAUAUCUUGCUCAGGGGGAUGCAGUAAAAAAAUAUUCAUCUGAACUAUGGUUGAAAGCUGGUCGACUUCCGGUGGAAAAGUAUGAUGACAAUCAGACCUGGGCGUCUUCUACAGUUGUUCAUGAGGCAGCAGAUGUUUGUCGAUUUUGUCUCGAUGAUAAUUUAAUCAUUACGGGAGGAUGGCAUGGGAAAUUAUCAUGGGCUUCCUUACGUGAUCUUCAUUUCAUAACAAAGCACGAUGCACAUUCGGCAGAUGUCAGUGAUGUUGGUAUUGUCGAUGAUGUCAUAAUUUCUGGAUCACGUGAUCACACUGUCAAAAUUUGGAAAUUGUCAGAUAACAUGGAAGAACUUGGACACCUUUUUACACAGGAUAUUGGUGACAAUGUUCUCAGUAUUGCAACAAACAAAUUUAGAAGGAUAUUCGCAGUUGGGUCGGGAGGAACAGGUGGGACACAUCCGUUGCAAAUCAGAGAUAUAGAAAGUUCAACGCAUUUGUAUAAUCUCGGUCAUUCAUACAAGAACGGAUCUGGUGUCUUGGAUUGUCAUUUUCAAUCUCCCAAUCUUCUAAUGUCGACAGGAUACGACACAUAUAUAAGAUUGUGGGAUAUUCGAACAAGUUACAGAGAAUGCGUUCGUUCCUGGGAAGAACCCCACGAUAACACGGUGUAUUGCGUAACAUCAGAUUGCAGGUAUGGGUUUGUAUCGGGUUCUUGUCGACAUGGCGUUACAAGACUGUGGGACACCAGAAUGAAAAAUUGUUUACAAACUUUCUACCUUGCGGGCAAAGUCAGCAGUCCUGUGUACAGCGUUCGAUUUACUCAUACGCACUUAUUUGCUGCGUUGGCUCGUCGUUUGGUUGUGUUGGACUUUAGAUAGACAGGGGUCGGCAACCUACGGCCCACGGGCCAGAAAUUAUAUUAUAACCUAACAAGUAUAUAAUUCUCAAUAACUAGUUGAAUGAGCUUAUAAUUUAGGUAUAAUUAGACAAAUGACAACAAAAAGCAGAAAAGUUGAUGCUAAGUGCAAUUGGUUUGGUGGCGCAGAAAAUAUUCAAAUGGUCAGUCUUCGAACUCUGCUAAAAAUUAAACUUCAGAUAUGUGUGAAAAAAUGUGAUUCAUCGGCCAUCCGUUUGGAUUUUAACUUUUACGAAUAUGUGCGGCCCGCCAAUGACUUGCAACUUUAUUUUGGCCCGCGAGCUACAAAACGUUGCCGACCCCUGCGAUGGAAGCAGUAGGCUUAUAUUGUCUAUUAUGUAUACGACAGAAUGGCCUAAAAAGAACAGAACCCAACUUAUUUGGAACAUAUUCUAGAGGGAGUAUAGCUUCUAGAUUGCUGGAAUUUUAAAUGUCGUUUGUUCUUUCAUUUUUUUAGCUAUGCACUUAUUUUUGACCGUCAUGUUUUCGGCCGCUGUAUCUUUUCUUGAAUAUAAUAUAUUUUGUUAAUUCAUCUUGCAUUGCAAGUAUUCAUCAAAUUCCCACCAGGAUGACAAUAUUGUGUCUCUAUAUUA